AUGGUGAAGGCGUCGGAUUUUCCUUCUUUGUUAUUUAAUAAACUAGGGUACUCUGGGGAUUUAAUUCACAAUGAUCGGGUGGAUAAGGUUCUGAAUCUCUGGCUUAUGUGGAGACAAGGUUCUUCUCGUCCCUCAGUUGUUUCUCUGUCUGACCAACAAUUAUCAGUCACAGUUGAUUGGUUGGGUUGCUCUGUGGGAUUGACCUUUGUUCAUGCAAAUUUUUUUAAGGUUAAUCGCAGAGAGCUCUGGACUGACCUGGGUUUGGUGAUUAACCCAAAUACCCCAUGGUUGGUCAAAGGGGAUUUUAAUGCUACUCUUCUUUCAAAUGAAAAAAGGGGGCCAGGAAGAUUUAAUGCUAGCUCGGCGGUAGAGUUUCAAGCAAUGGUGGACACGUGUGCUUUGGUUCAAGCUCCUUCACAGGGGAAGAAGUUCACGUGGACUAACAAUCGUCGCAGAGGAAAUGUUGUAGCUGUUCUGGAUCGAAGUUUUUGUAAUGGGAAUUGGUUGGAGGUGUUCAGGAAUAUUAAUCAAAUUGUUUUGCAAAGAACUGCUUCGGACCAUACCCCUGUUCUGGUGGUCUCAGAUGCCAUUCCUAAACCAGGUAAUAUUCCUUUUAGAUUCAAUAAUUUCUGGAUGGAAAAUGUGAAUUUUGAGGAUAUUAUCAGGGAGGUGUGGAAUAAGGAGGUGUCAGGGAACCCCAUUUUGGUGCUUUCUCAAAAGCUAAAGCAGGUAAAAAUUUUUAUUAAGAGUUGGGCCAGGAAUAAUUUCCCUAAUGUUGAUGAAGAAGUAAAGAAAGCUUCGAAAAAUCUGGAUUUAAUUCAGGAAGAAAUUGAGGCAACAGGGAUGAUAGAUGAUCUAUUUGACAGAGAGGCAGACGCAAAGACAUAUCUCUUGAAAGCAACUCAAAUGCAAGACAGUUUUUGGUCUCAAAAGGCCAAACAGAGGUGGAUGAAAGAGGGGGACAGAAACUCAAAAUUCUUCCACCUCUCUGUACAAAUGAGACGGUUGCGAAAUCAAAUUCGUACCUUGAAGAACAUAAAUGGGGAGUGGAUUAGUGACCAGCAGAGGUUGUCAUCUUACAUUUCUGAAUAUUAUGAAACCUUCCAUAGUGCCGCUUAG